AUUGGGAGAUUUUUACCCUGUUGUUUCGAAGUUCCUUUUAGGAGUUUGAAUAAUAAAAAGAUACAAUUUUAAUUCUUAAAUUCUUUUUUAUUCACAAACACAUAAAACACUGGUUCGCUAUAACCGAGUAGGGUCCUUGAUAUUGCUGACAAAGUUUCGCAUUUUCCGUGGGCUGGUCAAUAAACUUCCGAAAGCCACUCCAGCUGCUGGCUGGUCCGACUAUAAUUCAUUGUGAUCGGUACUGCACCGGUCAUGAAUAAUGUUCUUGUUGUUUAAUAUGUGUCUUAAUUUAUGUUCACUUGACACUUUAAUCCAUUUGCUCGUAAACACCAUUAUUUGUGAUCGUACCUUAGCAUAAGAUCAACUCUCUCUCGCAACAUAGCGAACUUCGCGGAGAGAGUUAACACAAUAGUAUGUAAGCCAUUUUAAUAAGUUUAGAAUAGAAAGUAAAGUUGGAUUGAACGCACGGGUUUUAAUUCGUUCCCAAUAAAUCGGCAAUAAAGUCCAACUAAGCGACUUUCCUAUUACAAAUUCAUCCGAAAUCAGGCGAGUUAAGUGUUGGCUAAGAAAGCGCAAUCGAAUCGCGCAGUGGCACUCCGUACAACAAACACCGAAAGUGUAAACUAAAUCUCCCCCCGAGCGGGCGAUCAGCUGUUGUGUAGGAGAAUUGACGACUAACCUGGAGUUUCUGCUGCUGGUGGAUGCCGUCGCCUUAGAGACGGGAAGAAAACCCUCGAAUUCCGAACCCCCCCAUCGGCCGAGCCCGAACAUUUGGUCCUUCGAAGCCGAAUUCGAGGACAGGAAGCUCAUCUGGACCAGCAGAGGAAUCAUCAAUCGCCAUCUUCCGAGCGCCAUAGCAGCUGUGGUUUGUACCAAAUCAACACCAAGGUAGGCCAGCUUUGUGAUUUUCUCACUUUGAAACACUAUUGUGGCCUAUUUUCACUUGGCCAACGGAAUAUUCUGCAAAUUUUGCGCUCAAAACUAACCGACACGAAUAGUGCAAAUGCAUUUAGGGUGGUGCACUCUACAGUGUCGUUCAAAAAUACAUCGACACUUGAAAAUUUGAAAGUUUUUGAAUAAACUUGAAUUCACUCACAGUGGUCACUGAGACACUGAAACAUUGCUGAUACGCUUUGGGGCAAGUUGCUAGACUACAGUAUCGUGCAAAAUUAUAGCAACACUUUCAAAAUUGGAUUUUCGGAAAAAAUCAAAAUCGCUUUUGAGUUGUUCUGUAGCGAUUGUAACAUUGCUAGGUGGAGUUAAUACAAGUUGCUGACAACAGUACUGGUCGAACGGACAGCAACUCAUACGAGAUAAAAAUAAAUUGGAAAUAUUUAUUUAUGAAAAAUCAUCCGAAAGUCAAUCGUUGGUGGUGUUUCCGAUCGUUUUUGGUGUCAACAAGUGUGAUUUGAGUGGUGUUGAGUGAUGGCUAGCAAGGCGGAGAAAAAACUAGCAGCGGCCCUUCUGACGAGACGACGAGCGUGUGCCGAACGAGAUGUGGUGGAGAAGUUUGUAGCGGAUUUCACCUACGAACGAGAUUGUUGCCAGGUUGCGGUACGUUUGGAGGCGCUUAACAAGUGCAACGAGUUGUUCCUGAACGUGCAGAACGACAUCGAAAUGGGCGAUAGCGAAGAACGGUUUGAAACACACCUGGAAUUCCGUGCUGAUUUUGAGGAUCGAUUCUGCAGGGCGAAGGGUUUUUUGCUGUCCAAACUGGAGAGUAGGGAGCAUCCGUUGAGUUCGACGAUCAUCCACGCAUCGGCUUCUCAUAGCAUGUCUUCCAGCUUUCAUCAUCGUCUGCCAAAAAUCGAUUUGCCGAAGUUUAGUGGAGAUGAAUCGCGCUGGAUCUCAUUCCGUGACAACUUUCUCUCGAUGAUCCACUGCAACGAGGACAUACCGAUCGUUAACAAGCUGCAGUAUCUGUUGCAGUCGCUGGAAGGAGAGGCAAGAAAACCAUUCGAGUCUGUAGAUAUCCAGGCCGAUAAUUAUUCGUCGACGUGGGACGCGCUUAAGAAGCGUUACGACAACAAGCGGUUCCUCAGAAAGGAGCUUUUCCGUGGCCUAUACAACCUUCCACCGAUACAGCACGAGUCCGCACAAGACCUCAACACACUGGUUGAUGAUUUCCAGCGACACGUUAAGGCUCUGGUAAAACUAGGGGAGCCGAUCGAGCAUUGGGACACUCCACUUAUCUUCAUCUUAACGAACAAGUUGGACUCAGCAACGAUUCGCGCAUGGGAGCAGGAUACUCGACAGAAAGAAGAAGUGAAGUACGACGAGCUCAUCGAGUUUCUCGUCCACCAGGUCCGGAUGUUGAAAUCCGUGGACAGCGAUCUCCAGCAUCGUUCCUCAGCGCCCACCGUUUCCAAGGUGGCCGGUCAAAUCCCGAAGAAACCAGUUCCCAUCCGAUCUGUCGUGAAUACAGCUACGUCCGAAACUCAAUCCAGUACUUCGCCAUGCCACUGUUGUUUGAGAACACAUCCGCUUCACCAAUGUCCAGCAUUAUCGAACCUGUCAAGCUCCCAACUGCGAGAGCUUGUGACACAGCACAGUCUUUGCUGGAAUUGCUUUCGCGCAAACCACCGGGCAACAUCCUGCAAAUCCAAGUUUCUGUGCAGGAUUUGUCAAGCAAAACACCACACCAUGUUGCACGACCACCACAUAUCACAUCUAGAGCAACCCACUACUGAGGAACCACAUCCCGUACAAGCGAAUCCAGGUUUUAGCGGUUCAGUAAACCCACCAGCGAUAAAUCUAUCCGUGCAUUCAAAUUCGACGGUUCUAUUGGAGACGGUCACGCUGUUUGUUGUCGACCGAUAUGGCAGAAAGGUUCCUGCUAGAGCUCUGCUAGAUUCUGCAGCGAUGUCCAGCUUCAUCACCAAGAAGCUGGCGAACCAACUCGCCACCCGUCAAAGGCCCGUGGACAUCUCAGUUGCCGGAAUCGGAGAGUCAGUGAAGCGCAUCAAACACAAGUUAGCUGCCAAAAUCAUAUCCAAGAACAGCGACUUCUCCACCACACUCGAUUUCCUCGUCAUGAAGAAACCAACAUCCCAUCUUCCCACAACCCCGAUCGAUUCAACUGCCUGGAGAAUACCAAAGGUUCCAUUGGCGGAUCCUCAGUUCAACGUUCCAGCAACAAUCGACAUGAUCAUCGGUGGAGAAUGUUACCGUGAGUUUCAUACAGGCAUACGCCACUCCCUUGGUAACGGUUUCCCGUUUUUGGUGGACACCCUCUUUGGUUGGACAGUUUCUGGCAAAAUAGAUUCCAGCUCCACCACCGCACCGCAAGCGUGCUUCCUCUCCACCGUUGAUCAAACCCGAGAAACGAUCCCUGGGGAGUUCCGGCCAAUGGACACCACCGAUGGGAGCCAAAGGAUGGACGUUGAACCCUCCACCACUCAAAUCCACGACGAAGGAUCCGUCGCCUGCCAUUCCCGGUCUAAUGAUCCACAAACCACCCUUGGAGAUAACGAAACGAAUGCCACACAUCGAAACUCCACCAGAUAUUCACACCACAGCGAUUCUGUUCAACACUACAAACCACACUGCUAUCUGCCACAUCACCCGGUGCUCAAGGAUGCCAGCAAAACCACCAAUGAAUGCGUGGUAUUCAACGCAUCCUGUGAGCCCAACUCAGGGUACGCGCUCAAGGAUACGCUGCUCGUCGGUUGCGCCGUUCAACAUAAUCCGCUGUCCGCCACUUUUCUAAGUGCCGCCAAAAGCAACGACGAAGUAGAAGACUAUGCUGAUGGAUCCAGCUGCUACAUCGUUCCUUUGGCCAAGCAGGCCUCUGGUACCUGUCUGGAGUUAGGUGCACCUCUCCUACCAACGGAAUCGUUCCAGAAACCCCAACGGUCAAAACCGCCACCGCAUCGUUGGCGAACUGUCGCUGCUAAACGUGCAACUGCUAUCCAGAUUAGUACAGACGGGCCCAGUUGGAGACUCAUUCCGGGAGAGCACAAUGUAGUCAGCGAACACUCCAGUAACCUACAGCCGUCCGACUUACCUGCAUGGUGUUACAAUUCGUCGUCGCUGAAAUACCGGCCCUGUUCCGCCAGCUUGUGGCCACUAGAUCGCCUUGCACAGCUUCAUCCAGGUCGAGAUGGAGUCGUUCCGGUUUUAGGACUGGAGACAGCCCAGCGACAGGGUUGUCACAACCACCGACGACCAGAAAAGGCUACAAAGACCGGUUGAGCACGCCGAACGUGCUCAACGCGCUAAUGGAGCGCUAACAGAUCCUUAGACGUCAUUUUAUUCCUCAUCAUCAUCGAGAUCCUUCUACAAAGACCGGCAGAGCACGCCGAAUGUGACUCACUGCGCAUGUCGAGCGCUAAUAGGUGAUUAGCGUUCCAAGUUGUCACAUUUUCUAGUUCGAUCUACCGGUUCUUU